AUGGAGGAGAUCCUCAACCACGUUUUGUAUCCUCGCCAGUCCCCGGGCGGUAGUCGAGAUCAGGGCUCCAAUUCCCUCUCCGGCAUCAUCUCGACACUGGUCCCCACUCUCGUCAUUGCAACGGUCGCUUUUUCUUCUUUCCUCUUCCUCAGGACUCGUUGUUCACGCGUAUAUUGUCCCAGAACGGAUGAGCGAAUUUUGGAUGAAGAAAACAAGACUCCGCGAUCAGGCGCUGGCUUCUUCACUCUCUUGAGGAAUUAUUCUACGCUCCCAGAUGCUUAUGUCCUUCAACACAAUUCCCUCGAUGGCUACCUCUGGCUCCGGUUCUUCAAAAUCCUCAUCAUUAUCAGCUUCGUCGGCUGUUGCAUCACGUGGCCGGUUCUUUUUCCCGUUAAUGCCACGGGAGGCGGCGGCCAGAAGCAACUCGACCAGCUGAGCAUGAGCAAUGUCGAUGAUCCAAACAGAUACUACGCUCAUGCACUGAUAGCAUGGGUCUUCCUUGGAUUCGUCGUACUUCUUGUUGCACGGGAGAGAAUCAACUUGGUGGGUCUGAGAAGGGCAUAUUUCCUCUCUCCUGCACAGGCUCAGCGACUCUCCUCACGAACUAUCUUGGUUCUCGGACUGCCUCAUGAGUGUACAGCGGAGAAAUCCUUGCGUCAGGCGUUUGGUUCCGGCGUCCGAAAGAUUUGGCUCGUGACCGAUUGCGGCAAACUUGAAGACGCGGUGAAGAAUCGGAACAAAACAUCUUUGACACUUGAAAAUGCGGAAAUGAAACUGAAUCAGGACGCAAAUGCCCGCCGCCUUAAAAGUGAGAAGAACCAGUUUUCCGAUUCUCCGGCGGCCGAGGCGGACCCAACGCGUUGGAUGGUCGAGAAAAAGCGACCAUCUCACCGACUGAAGCCACAAAUCUGGAAAAAGGUCGACACGAUCAACUGGUCUCGCGGAACGCUGUCCGAGCUCAAGCGAUGUGUCCAGCAACAGCAAAAUGAACACCUAGACCUGAAGCAUACCCGAGUUCCGGCAGCCUUUAUUGAGUUUUCAACCCAGUCGGCUGCUCAAUACGCAUAUCAAUGUGUUAGUCGAGAGUCCAUGACCGAAUUUGCACCAAGGUACAUUGGAAUUCAGCCUGAAGAGGUGGUCUGGAAGAAUUUAAGCGUCAGCAAUGCCUCGCGAAGGACCAAGCUUAUCAUUGCUACUUGCAUCGUCUCCUUGAUGAUUUUGCUCUGGACCAUCCCCGUUGCCGUUGUGGGUGCUCUGUCCAAUAUCAACUAUCUGACUAACAAGGUCCAUUUUCUGAGCUUCAUCAACGACGUGCCCGACUUCAUCUUGGGUGUCAUCACGGGACUUUUACCGGCCAUCCUUCUGGCGAUCCUGAUGGCCCUAGUGCCCGUCUUUUGCGGACUUCUGGCUCGGCUUGCUGGAGAACCUACCUUGUCGGCCAUCGAGCUCAAGACCCAGUCAUGGUACUUUGCGUUUCAAGUCAUCCAGGUGUUUUUGAUCACCACAUUCACUUCCGGGAAGUGGAAAUCUUGGACACGAUGGAGAAGAUGCUCAGCUCCUACUUUGCUCGCUACCAACCUUCCGAAAGCAUCGAAUUUCUAUAUCAGCUAUUUCAUCCUCUUUGGUCUGGCUCAAGCCGCCCUUCAACUCCUCAACAUAGUCCCAUUGUUGAUGUAUACCUUGGUUGGCAAAUUCUUGGACAAGACUCCACGAAAGAGAUACAAUCGGUUCAUCAAUAUUGCAGGACUGGGCUGGGGUUCAUCCUACCCUAAAUUUACCAACCUAGGAGUCAUUGCCAUCGCCUAUGCUGGCAUUGCGCCCUUGAUCAUGGGGUUCUCCACAAUCGGAUUUUGCCUGUUAUAUCUGAUGUUCAGAUACAACUUCCUCUUCGUCCUAGGCAACAAAGUCGACUUGAAAGGCGAGGCGUACUCCAAAGCACUCAAACAUCUCUUGACCGGCGUAUACCUGGCCGCCCUCUGUCUCAUUGGACUCUUCGCCGUCGGCUGCAGUAAGAGUGCUUCCAGCUCAGGUCCUUUGGCAAUAAUGGUGGUGUUCUUGGUGGUGCUGAUUGCCUUCCAAUUCAUCCUUGAUCGAGCAUUGGUGCCAUUGGAGCAAACCCUGCCUUUGGAUUUAUUGUCUGGAAACAGGUACAGCACCAUUCUGGUGGAGCAAAGUAUGGACAAACAUCAACUGAAGCAGGAGAACAUGGAAGCUGGCACUUCAAGUCGGGGAAAUCCUGUUCCAGAUCCUGCCAAAGCCGAGAGUGGUGCGCUUCGGCCGAAGAAGACACCUGUCGGUCUUGUGCGUCAACGCAUCGAGCCUCUGGCCCACAAGUUCUACGAAUCGAACAAAGCCAUCGUGGCGGUGUCUCGGUCUGAAUCUGAAUCUUGGAUGCCUACGUAUACAUCUGAGGAGUAUGAACGGGCGUACCUCAACCCGGCUAUCACUUGUCCAGCACCUGUGAUCUGGUUGGCCAAAGACCAAUGUGGUGUGAGCAGGCUCAUGGUUCAGGAGAAUAGGGAGGCGGGAAUUGAGAGCACCGAUAAUCAGGCCGAGCUCGAUGAGAAGAACAAGCUCGUCUGGCAGGAGGAGCAGGUUAGAGAAGCACCGUUGUGGGAGAGGGCUGUAAAAUAUUGA